UGCAACCUCUGCAAGCACAUUUGGCAGAGGAAUGUGUAGCAGGCAGCGCGUCACUUCACUCAGCAAAAGAAAUGUCGCGCAACAACGAUGGACGUUCUUGUCGACAUCUGGAACGACACAAAAUACAUUUUCGCAAUUGAGCAUGUGGCAUCCCUUCUGACGUACAUGGAGGACAACGGGAUCAGGGGCGCACGAUCAGUUGUGGGCCAUUCCCGUCCACGAGUGUCGUCGUCCACCGCACCCCGGGGCAAGGUGCAAGACGUCCUAGACGAGGCUGAGGAGCGCGAGGGGGGCGGUUUGUCAGGCGGUGUAGAUUUGGAGGGUGAGGAGGUCGUGUUGACUUCACAUGGGGCAGGGGUGAAGGACAGGGAGAAGAGGAAGGUGGUGGACAGGGAUGACCUUCCACCUGAGACGGGGAAGAGGGUGCGGCAGAGCCGGAUUGACGAGGUGUACGACAAGGAGAAGCAGUCGCAUUUCUGUGACAAGUUUCUGCAGUGGGUGUAUGGUGUCGACAUUGCGUUCGAUGCCUUUAGGAGACAGUCUUGGAGGAAGGUUAGGAAGGCAUCCAAAGAAAUGCCUCGAGGUGUGAGGAUGCGAUUUCGCUCGUUUAAGAAAAUCGGCGGUCCCGAGGUUCCUUCGCAGAAGGCGAAGGUGGCCACCUUGCUGAGAGAGGUCCGAGAGGCUUUCGCCCACAGCGGCACGACCAUGUUGUCGGACGGGAGGAAGUCUCGCGAUUCACGGCGAAUCGUGAACUUCCUUGCAGCCGGCGCCAAUGGCGCACUGCUUUAUGCCACCAUCUGCCGUGACGGUUCAGUCCCUGAGACUGGGGCCAUUGUCUAUCGCAGGUGGAGGGCUAUCAUGACCUCCUUCCCUGCGAAGGAUGUGAUCGCAUUUUGCACGGACUCUGCCAGCAACUAUGUUGCGGCGUCCAAACUCCUCGCUAGGACCCCGACCCCGAUGUCAGGCGCAUCACGUGGCUCCCCUACUCGACCCACACGCGACGCGUUGGAGUCUACGUUGCACGACAACGCGUGGGCUAGCAUUCCGUGGGAGCGGAGGCUCAUUCCGCAGGCUCGGUGGGUGCGCCUCCAAAUUUGCGAUGGCCAGUUUUGGCGUCAGGUGAAGUUUGCCAUCCUUGUGAUGGAGCCUGUCCAUCAGCUUUUGAGGCGGAUGGACAGAGGAGGGAUGAUGAUGUCCAUUGUCUAUGAGUGGAGUCAGCAUCUCGUUCAGCUGAUGAGGUUGUCGACGAUCCUGACAGAGUUUCUGACGCAGUAUGUGCGAGAGGUUGAGAUGCGCCUAAUGCAUCUCUUGGAGCCUGCUCACGCCGCUGCCCAUCUCCUCAACCCCCGUCGGCGGUCUUUGAGAGAUUACCUCGUCGUGCGCGCACAGAUACGACAUUUCCACGCACGGAGAGGCGAUUGGGGCGAUCGCUUGUUGUCCGAUGCCGAUGUCGAUGCCCAGGAUUGCAACGGAGAUAACGAGGCCGCUCGUUGUGCGGCAUGGUGGUUCGCCCACGGCGUAGCCCACCCGGAGUUGCGUGCCAUCGCUAUCCGUGUGAUGCACAUGUGGACGUCCGCCUCUCCUGCGGAGAGGAAUUGGGUGGAGCAUAAGCGCAUUCAGACGGGGAAGCGAAACAAGCUUGGUUUUGCCACGCUGGCACAGCUGGUUGAGAUUACGACUAAUCUCAAACUGGCUUCGUGCAGGCAGCAUGGCGGUGGCGUUGGGGGUUUGCAGGAUGGGGAGGACGACUGGGCGAACCCGGAGGACCUUGCACGGGGCGGGGAUAGGACUGCGGAGCAGGUGUAUUUCAUGUACGGUGCAGGAUCGGACGGGCUUGCACCGCGGACGUCGGUCAUCACCGAUGACGGCUUAGGCCGGACAGAGGGUGUUGGAGACCGACCGUCCCCUGCGCCGCCUGCGGGUUGCUCGGGUCAGCCAUUGAGGGAGAGAGAUAGACACCUACCCCCGCUGCAGAGGCGGAAGGUACAUGGUGUUGACUCUAGCGGUGAGGAUAUGGCCGGGAUGGAGGAGCAUCCGAUGGACGCACGGUUUAAUCCUAGCCACCACUCGUUUGUCGGGGCACAACAGCUGCGUCGAUCGAGGAGAUUGGCAGGGCAGGGGGGUGCGCAUUCACAGCACCUAGAUGAGAUCCCAGUCGGGGAGCAGACUCCGGUCACUCCCACUCACGGUCGUGAUCGUCAGGACGCCCACGGCACGCCGUCUUCGUUGAGGACCAGCGAUUUUAACGUCGUUGGCUCUCAUGGUCGAUCGCCUGUCUUGCGUUACAGAUUUACACAGGAGCUGGUGCAUGGGAGAGAUGCGAGUCAGAGAGAGGAGACGACCGAGGAGAGGGACAUGGAAAGUGGUGGACCGGGGGCAGACGACGGAGAGGCCGCAGACGUCGGAGGCAUGCUUGAUCGUGAGGAGAUGGUCGAGAAGAGGGACGCCCGCCUUGAUCGUGAGGAGGAGGCACACUUGCAGUCUACGCCGAGGUGGGAGGGUAGGGAGGCAUACGAGUCCGAGCAACGGAGGUUGAGGGAGUUGGAGACCGGCGCAGUACGGCCUGGUCGUGGUUCACAGAUGGAGAGUGGUGGAUCGGUCGUUGGUCUGGCGACUCUGGCGAGCUAUCGUGCCGUGGAGGGGGAGCACGCACCCAAAAGCGGGGGUGGCACUGAUGGUCGGCCUAUUGGAGAUGGCGGCGAUCAGGACGCAGGAGAUGAUAGCUCAGACGCCGGGGACGAGGGAGAGGCCGCAGACGUCGGAGGAUUCAUCGACAGAGUGAUCGUUGGCCUUUGUGCUGGGGACAUGGAGGGGGGUACGCCUGGAGCCCAUGGUACUUCGCAGGUGGGAGAUGUGGUUAUGGAGGAGGCAGGUUUGCGCACUGACCGUCAGGGCAGUGACACUGGUGCAGGACACAGUCCUGUCAUGGAGGGUGUUGUCGGCGUUGACGAGGAGGCACAGCUGUCCCCAAUGAGGGACACAGCGGGAGACAUGUCCCUCGCAUUGAUUGUGAGGCCUCCAUCGUUUUUUUACGCUGAUGAGGGUAACACAGGUUGCCAGUUGGACGAGAGGAUGGGGAAGUCCACCCCACGUGCUCUCGAUCAAGAGCAGUUGGAGCGCGCGGGGAUGGAGGACCCUUAUGAUUAUACUAGUCGGAGGAGCGAUCCCCGCCGACCACCAGAUGGUUUUGCGUCGCCUCCGAGACCCGUCGAACGUCAUGUGCCAUACAUUUGAUGCAUGGUCUGAUGUUGUUCAUGCGUUGCACGAUCCAAUGCACUAACACUC